AUGCGCUCCGUAGAGGACGCCAUCACUCAGGGCACAGCGGCGAAGGUGCCCAUCCUGAUCGGCACCAACGCCGACGAAGGAUCCGUCCUGACAUCAGCCAUGCCUGCUCCGCAGUUGAUGCUUGAGGGGAUCUUCGGCAACGACACGGCCGCUCUGGCUGCUGCCCGUGCGGCGUACCCGGCCAAUGCAACGGAUGAGGAGCUCAAGUCUCGCAUCCUGACCGAUUAUGGCUACACCUGCACCACUUCUGCCAUCGCCAACACGGCCGCCCAGGCCGGUUACAGUGUCUGGCGCUACUAUUUCGACGCCAGCUUUCCGAACACGCAGCCUUUUCCAGGCGCGGGCGCGUGGCACACGUCCGAGAUUGGCCUCGUCUUCGGCACAUACCCGCGAAAUAACGAAACCACAGCCCAACAAGCCAGACUUAGCAGGUUUCUCCAACGAUCAUGGGCAGAUUUCGCUAAAGAUCCGUACGGUGGUCCUGGCUGGGCAAGUGUUGGGGGUGCAGGAGAGGAUUUGGAAGUGAUAGGGGUCAAUGGAACGGCCUGGGGUGAGUCUGUCGAGGAGGAGACUGUGGAUGAGAUUUGUAGGGUCUAUAAGGGGGCUGUGCAUAACAACGGUCUAUAG